AUGCGUCGGAUCCCCGGCGGUGGUCGCCUUCCGUUGUCACGGCCUGAGGCGCCGGUCGGUACUGUCAUUCCUCGACGAGUCGCCGCUGCUGCGGGCCGAAGCCACCACCAGAAGUACGCAGGCGAGCGGCGCCGGGCUAGCUUAUGCGUCGGUUGUGGGUCCCAGAUCUACGACCAGUACAUCUUGCGGGUCGCGCCGGAUUUGGAGUGGCACGCCGCGUGCCUCAAGUGUGCCGAUUGCCACCAGUUCCUGGACGAAACGUGUACCUGCUUCGUUCGUGACGGCAAAACCUACUGCAAGAGGGACUACGUCAGGCUGUUCGGGACCAAGUGUUCCAAGUGCGGCACGAACUUCAAGAAACUGGAGUACGUGUUCCGAGCCAGAGACCGCGUUUAUCACAUGGACUGCUUCCGCUGCGUCGCGUGCGACAAGCAGCUCAUGCCCGGCGACGAGUUCGCACUUCGGCCAGACGGCCUGUUCUGCAAAGCUGACCACGAGGUUGUGAAGCAAGAAGACCAAACCACUCCUUCCACGCCCACGAUGCUCGGCGGCGACAGCAACAACAACACCGCUGCCAACCUCAACAACUCCAACAGCAACCACAGUCCGGCCAGCAACAACUCAAACACGAGUUCAAAUGAGCAAACGUCCGUCCGGUCGAAGGAGAGUUCAGGGAACGAGCGCGGGAAGCUGAAGUCCUCGGAAGGGAAGACCACGCGGGUCCGGACGGUACUCAACGAGAAGCAAUUACACACGCUGAGGACGUGCUACAACGCGAAUCCCCGUCCGGACGCGCUGAUGAAGGAGCAACUGGUGGAAAUGACCGGGCUGAGCCCACGCGUGAUACGAGUAUGGUUCCAGAACAAGCGAUGCAAGGACAAAAAGAAGUCCAUUCUCAUCAAGCACAUGCAGCAACAAGAAAAGGAUGGGAGAACCCGGCUGGGUCUCGGCGGCAUGCAAGGAGUGCCCAUGGUUGCGUCGAGUCCCGUGCGACACGAGAGUCCACUGAGUGGGAUCCAGCCUGUGGAGGUAACUUCUUACCAGCCACCGUGGAAAGCCCUGGCCGACUUCGCCAUGCAAGGGGACCUGGACCGCAUCGACCCCCAAAACCCGCCGUUCCAGCAACUCGUCAACCAGAUGAUGAACAAUUUCUUGAAGAAUGGAAUGAUUGGAAAGAAGUGCAAUAGAAUUGCUUCGGAAAAUUCUUCAGGCUAUGUUUUCCUACGACAUGCUUUCGUUGGCCUGAUAUUCUCUUGA